ACACACACACACUGAGAGCAGCAGUUCCGCCUUCUCCCCGCCGACUUUUCCGCAUGUCACAUUCACAGCACACGCUCGCCAAAUGAUUGCGCAGCACCAUGAAGGAGGACUCGUGAUUUCACAAGGUAUCUUACAGAUAUCAAAGGAGCAUGAUGACAAAAAGGCAGCACACAUCAUAGCGUGAUGUCACCAAAGGCCGAAAAUGCCAGGACGUAAGGGCAAGGCGCUCUGCGGCAGAGCCGUGCUUUGAGCUCUACCCUCAGCUGUUCACUCCAUAGAUCUUCCACACCCCACACAUAAUCUCCAAUAUCCCUCCACCUGUCCGACGGCAAGAGGUGAAAAUGGCCACUCAGAGGAAGCACUUAGUCAAGGAGUUCAACCACUUCAUCACUUGUUAUGUGUGUAAAGGCUACCUGAUCAAGCCCACCACAGUGACAGAGUGCCUGCAUACCUUUUGUAAAAGUUGCAUCGUCCAGCAUUUUGAAGACAGCAACGAAUGUCCGAAAUGUGGUAUCCAAGUCCAUGAAACAAAUCCACUGGAAAUGUUAAGGUUGGACAACACAUUAGAAGAAAUCAUAUUCAAGCUUGUGCCUGGACUUCGGGAAAAGGAACAACAGCAGGAGAUUGAAUUCUGGAAAAAGAAUAAGUUGAAAGAAAAUGAUGAUGACGGUCCCGAGUGUAAGAGGAUGAAGAUGGACGAGGACAUUGAUGAUGGAGGGGAUGGGGACUUCCACAGGAAUGACCCACAGAUAGCCAUCUGCCUGGAUUGUCUGCGCAACAACGGCCCAAUAGGAGAGAACAUAGUUAAGGGCUUAAUGAAGAAAUUUAUUCGCUGCUCAACUCGUGUCACUGUAGGAACAAUCAAGAAGUUCUUAAGUCUAAAGUUAAAGCUUCCAAGUUCUUAUGAGCUAGACGUUCUAUGCAAUGGCGAGAUUAUGGGAAAAGAUCACACCAUGGAGUUCAUAUACAUGACGAGGUGGAGGCUUCGAGGUGAAAAUGCCUACCCAAUGGUACUGGAAUAUCGUCCUCGUAUUGACUUUGGCUAAACCGGUUGAGGCUCCUGCACUUUUCUCAGCCCAACAAAAGACGGAACAGUGAAUGGGCAUGCUGCACAGGAGGGACUUAAUCACACCAUUGUUUUUCAUUCGUUCGAGUUCUUUCGUUUUUCCUUAUAUGUUCUAAAACCUCCUCAUUCAACAGACUUCUCGUCUCAGCUGCGACUGUAGCUGUCUGAACGCGCGUUUAAUCCCAUCCUGGCUUGGCAUGUGUGUCUCGUUCCAUUUAGUUGGUCUACCAGAAGAACUGUUGACAUGAUCAGUCAUGAAGUUAUGGACCCAAGGAAAUUCACAUGACAUGAGAUAAUUACUCAACAAAUGUGUUCAAUUAUCAUGACAGCUGUUUUUUUUUUUUUUUUGGUAUCAGUAGUUAAAGUAGUGCCUUUUCUGAAUAUCCUGUUUUUGCUGAUCUCAACAGCCUUUUUUUAAAUCAUAGCUAGUAAGGAAAUACACAAUGGCGUCUUAUCAGUUCCAAGCAUCCUUUGUUAUUAUUCACAUAAGCUACUUGUUUUUCUGUCUUUAACUGAACCACACAGGACAGCAGGGUAUACGGUGGCCCCUGACAUUUGUUCCAACAAUGUCUUUGUACAGAGAAGGAAAAGCCUUACUAGGAGCAGUGAGGAAAAGCACUGAAAUCUUGCACUAGAUUUACUGAUGAAACGCUGCUUUGUUUAAAAGUGAAUCUGGAUCCUGGAAAUCCACAUGUAUUCAAAGUGCUUGCAAAUGUAUAAAAUAAAAUAUCUAUAUUAUUUUAAAUAUAUAUGUAUGGAAGUAAUACAUAUUGGUGAAUAAUGAAUUCACGUGUAAAUUGAUCUGAACUUUUUCUAUCAAGAAAAAAAGAUCUAAUUACGAUAAAGCACUUGCUUAAUUACCAAAAGGGAAAUUCAAAUAAUUAGUGAGUUCCUGUUUUUCAUUUAUUUAAAUUUGCACAGUAAAAUAAAUAUAGUUACACGUGGAGCAAAUCCAUCCCUCCAUUCUUUUAAUCCAUUCUUAUGAUUUCUAAAACCAUAAAUAAUUUAAGUACAAAUACUCCUAGAUGUUAUUGGAGCACUUAAACUCCUCCAAAGAAGAAGAAAAAGAAAAAAAAAACAUAACCCAGAAUACCCAGAUAGAUCACUGGUCAAUUUUAUCUACUGUAUCAGUGAUGUACAUUUUUACCAGUACAGUACACAGUAUACAGUAGCACACUUUUUGCCACAUCUGCAUGAAGUCACACUCCCUGGCUCCAUUGGAGAGCUCUGUAUUUACACACACUCCGUUUUUGGAGUGUCCCUCAAUAUUAUCUUGGACAUGAAAAAAUAAAAAAAAAUCAUUCAACUACAGGUGAUGUUGAUUCUGAACUGUCCAUUUCAUCAAGAUCACGUUUGUUUUCUACACACUGUCUAGCCAUUCUAGUCUGGUGACCUGUGUCAUGACACAAAGUGCUAAAUCUACAAAUCUACAUCGACCGUCUGCAAAAGGAUAUAAUUAAUAUGUUUACUAAUUGAUUCCACAAUUUUGUAUCUGACAUGACUGUACAGAGAUGGUACUACAGAUAUAAUCCAUAUUCUACUAUUAGGUUUUUUGUAUUACACCAAAGACACAAACACACACACACACACACACACACACACACACACACACACGCAUGCACACACACAAGAAAAAUUCAAUAACACUUCCUUUCUGCUAUCAAAUUCACAAAAGGUUGAAAGAACACUUAAGGGAAAAAUAUGGCUUUCAUUUAUCUAUAAUAGAAAGUACCUAGCAAACCAGACAUGGAGGCAUUGUUUCAGUCAAUAAUGAGAAGCAUUGUUCCAGUGCUGCCUAUCUGGAAUCCAGACUAGUUUGGCAUUUUUCAUGCUCAGACGUUCAGUCUAAUCCUGUUUAUUAACCGACAAGUCAAAUCAAUUGUUUUACUUUUAUUAUUGUUAUUUCUUAGCAGGAAAUUCAGCAGAUUGUACAGAAUUGGACACACAGGUUUACGUUUAAUAUACGAACAUCUUAGCAAAUUUCUUUUAAAGCAUUUUUGUUCUAAAAUCAUCUUUUGGUUUUCAAACUCGAACCUGAAACAAAGCCU